AUGCUGGUUAUGAUUGCAACGUGCCUUUUACGCUCAUUCUAUAAGCGUGUAAUAGCUUCUCGAGACAAAGCACAAAGCACUUCAUCUCAGACUUCUUCUAUACAAGCCAAUCCUAUAUUUUCUGAAAAGCCUCAACCCCCUGCUGCCCAGCCCACAUCCCCUCCUACACCGUCAUCCUCCAAAAAGAAUAUGCGCUACCUCAAAAACACCCGCCGCGUCAAAGGAAAGAAACAGUUUGUUCAGCCAACCACCCCCAUCGUUCAUCAGAAGACAAAGCAGCCUUAUGAAGUCUUUCUAAUCCUCGAUAUCGAAGGCACUUGCAAACCAGGAACGGACUUUAACUAUCCGAAUGAAAUCAUUGAACUCCCAGUGUCUGUAUUGCAGUGGACUGAUAGGAGCGAGGAUGGGCGGGCUGAUACCCUAGAGGUUAUCGAUGAAUUCCGCUCUUUUGUUCGACCUACCUGGAGGCCGACACUGUCAGCUUUUUGCACGGAGCUGACAGGAAUAACUCAAGAGCAAGUGGAUGUAGCUCCAUGUUUCUCAGAAGUACUGGUGCAAUUGGAAGCAUUCCUUGUGAAGAACGGCCUAUUGGAGGAAGGAACAGGGAGACGCCUAAAGCGAUAUUGUUGGUGUAGUGAUGGCCCAUGGGAUAUUCGUGAUUUUUUCGUAAAACAGUGUUUUAUAUCCCAGGUUCAAAUGCCGGCGUGGAUCCAGGGUGACAUCCUCGAUGUAAGGUCCACCGUUCUCCACUGGAUGUAUUCAGAACCCACUGCGGCCUCGAAAAUUCAUGGUUCAAAGCGACCAUCGUUGAACAUCUCUGCGCAGUUAAAGGUACUGGGCUUACCGGACUUUGAAGGCAGACAGCAUAGUGGCAUCGACGAUACCCGUAACAUCGCCAAGAUUGUUACCGAGCUGGCGAGGCGAGGAGUACGCCUGUUUCCGAAUACCGCAAUAGAUCCACGCAGAAGAUGGCAAUGGAUGGGAAAACAUGGCCAGGUUUUGGAGGAGGGACUCCCUUGA